UCAUGCUUGUGCUGUUGCAAGGCUGUGUGAAUAUGGUUUCUGUAAAGUUGAAUCUUAGACCGCAGUAAUUAACAGAUCAAGGAGAAACAGGGGUGUACCGAGAGGGUAUGACCAGAGCAACGAAGAUAUGGGUGAGGUUAUGGGAGGAUACUAUCACCUGUUGUCAUGGAAAUUGAAGGAGAUACCUAAGGUGGAUGAGAUAUCACAGAAAACAAGGAGUAUACAGAAUAAUGGGUUGAGCAAUAUGCCAUAUGCACGAGUAAAGAGAGGAGACAGAGCUAACCUUGCGAAAAGCGGUGCUAUCUCAGCCAAUACUUUGACGUAAUGGAGUAUAGGAUUAUGGUAUAGUCUCAUGUUGACUUCGGUUUCAAGAGGUCAAUUAAUCAGCACUGUUUACCGUAUUAGACUGUAAAGCAGGCA